AUGACGAACGAAAUGGAUGUCUGGGCGCUCACGGAAUGGGACACACCUCUCCAGAAGAUCCGCCAGCCCAGGCCAACACCCACAGGAAGCGAAAUCCUAAUCAAGGUCACUCAUGCUGGCGUGUGUCAUUCCGACUUGCACACCGCCGAAGGGUUCUAUGAUAUUGGAGGAGGCAAGCGAUUCUACGUCAAGGAUCGCGGGAUCCAACUCCCCGUCGCCCUAGGUCAUGAGAUCCUGGGAGAGGUGGUCGAGGUUGGUCCCGACGCAGAGUCCGUCCCCAUUGGGUCCCGACAGAUUAUAUAUCCGUGGCUUGGCUGUGGUGAUUGUACGCGCUGUGGUCAGGAAGAAGACAACCUGUGCGCGGCGCAAAAGGGACUUGGAACGCUACGGAAUGGCGGCUUCGCCGAAUAUGUGGUGGUCCCUCAUCCCAAAUACCUCGUCGACCUCGGCGAUCUCGAUCCUGCCGUGGCCUGCACGUAUGGCUGCUCGGGAAUCACGACGCUCAGUGCCGUCAGCAAGGUCAUGCCCCUGCCACCGGAUGAACCGGUCCUGCUCAUCGGGGCGGGCGGCUUGGGACUAUCGGCCAUUUCAGUGCUCAAGUCGUAUGGCCAUCGAGCCAUUAUCAGCGCCGACAUCAGUGACGAGAAAUUGGCUGCUGCCACGGUGGCCGGUGCCUCGAAGACGGUCAACACCUCGGGGCCUUCGCCAGCCGAGAAGAUUCUAGCCGCCACCAACGGACCAGUCAUCGCAGUGAUUGAUUUUGUGAACAGCUCGGCCACCGCCAGCCUGGUCAACGGCAUCAUUGCCAAAGGGGCCAAGUGGGUGCAGGUGGGCGUCAUGGGUGGUUCGAUCGAGCUGUCACUGGUGGCCAAUAUCUUCAAAGGUCUGACCCUAUACGCAAACAUCACCGGCAACCUGGACGAGCUGCGAAGACUAGUCCAGCUGGCGAGGGAAGGAAAGCUGGCUCCGGUGCCGGUGCAGAAAAUGCCCUGGGAUUCGGUUAAUGAAGCCAUGGACUUGCUGAAAGCAGGCAAAGUGUCGGGGCGAGUGGUGCUUGUCAAGUAA